AUGGGCGAGAAUCUCGUCAUUUAUUAUAAUGACUCCAUCGACUCGGACAACCUCGCCGCGGCGAUGGCUCUGUGGAAGGCGACAUACCAGAGACCGAACACUCGUGUAAUUUGGAUUAUAGAGCCUCGUCAAGUGUGCUUUGGACUAUCCAUGACAGGGGAGCAAGUAUCCAGAUGCAAGGACUUGAUACAGCAGCACUUUUCGUCACUAGGGAACCCUUUCAAGGUGCUUCUGGGUGGACUUAUCAAGCAGGAGGAUCUUGACGAUAUUAAUGAUCUUACAAGAGAUGACCGUCAUCUGCUUAAAAUGGCUGUCAAGUCGAAAUACGGCUCAAAGGACAACGCCGCACUUCAUGGACGUCUUACUGCGUGGGACUUUGCUUCUUGUUUGGCCGAGUGGUCAAACAACGCCUCAAACGAAGUCUUCGUGGACUUUGAAAGCCUAGACGAGAUCGACAAUCCCGUGAAUCUCAACUUUCACCAUCAUGAAGAGCUUGUCAACCGAAGCGCAGACGAGUUGGAGGCAUACGAUGAUAUCCUGAACGAACCUUUUCCACAACGGACGAAGAUCCUACAACACUGGUACGAGGGAUGUGUCAAGAAAAUCGCACAAAAGGAAAGCAAUUCAAACACAUCUAUAAAGCCCCUUAACUUGGAUGCUGUCUAUAAUGCGAUCGAAGCUGCCGCAAAUGUUCGUUUCUUUGGAGGUUCCUCUUUGAGAAUCUUGCGACUGUUCCUUGAUAAGGGAGUGGCUAGCAAAAUCAAAUGCCAUCUGCAAGUGGGUUCUUGUGAUAUGUCGGCAAAUCUAUUCGCAAAUCAGUUCAACAUCGCUCUCAACCGAGAAGCUGCCAAAACAGUGCUUAGUCGAUCAACAGAAUUCUCAAAGUUCACCGUCGUACCUUCACACACAGCACAAAGUAUAAAAUACUCAGCACUAGGUCUGAAGAACGCCGGUGGCCAUUGUUUAGAGAAGCGAAUUUUAGGCUUUAACUGCCGUGAGGACCCCCUCAAGAUCGUCACAAAUAGCGUCUCAUUAGACGGCCAAUACUCCGACAAGGCAUACCCGAUGCCCGACUUGACUGCGUUCCUAUGUGCGCUUGUUCCCGAAUAUAUGGAAUCUAUGGGAUCAAAGUUGGGAUUCAUAGAAAUCGACGAGAAGGAUUCCAACGGCGCACUUCUCUUUAGACCUUCUGACAAGGGGAUUCAAAUGUACGAUUUGAGCGAGAGCACGACAUUAACGAAGUCUGAGGUGACGGGAGUCUUUGAGAAGAUAGCAAGGGGUGAGGUGCUACUGGAUCAGGCUUGA